AUGGGAGCCUCAGCGAUCGACGAGGAGUACAUCAUCAAGCCAGAGUCGAAAACCCCUGCCCUGGACACCUCAAAAUGGCCUCUCCUUCUUAAGAACUACGACGCUCUCAACGUCCGUACUGCCCAUUUCACGCCUAUCCCGGUGGGCUGCUCGCCGCACAAGCGCCCGCUGCAUGACUACGUGCGUUACGGCGUGAUCAACUUAGACAAGCCUGCGAACCCGUCUUCGCACGAAGUCGUCGCCUGGAUUAAACGUAUCCUCAAGGUCGAUAAGACGGGCCACUCCGGCACGCUGGAUCCAAAAGUUACCGGCUGCCUCAUCGUCUGCAUCGACCGCUCCACCCGUCUGGUGAAGAGCCAGCAGGGCGCCGGUAAGGAGUAUGUCGCCGUCGUGAAGCUGCACGGAAGCCUGGGCGAGAACCCCGUCACGCAGAUGAGGAGGGGCGUCGACUUGCUUACCGGCGCCCUGUUCCAGAGGCCCCCGCUUAUUUCCGCCGUGAAGAGGCAGCUGAGGAUCCGCACCGUGUAUCAGAGUAAGCUGUUGGAGUUUGACGAUAAGAGGAAUCUCGGCGUGUUCUGGGUCAAGUGCGAAGCAGGGACAUACAUCCGUACCCUCUGCGUGCACCUGGGCUACUUGCUGGGCGUAGGAGGUAACAUGCAGGAGCUGCGACGCAUUAGGAGUGGCGUCAUGGGAGAGGACACGGGUAUGUACACCAUGCAUGACGUUCUAGAUGCGCAAUGGGUGUACGAGAACAACCGCGACGAGUCAUAUUUGCGCACGGUCAUCAAACCAUUGGAGUCCCUCCUCACAGGACACAAACGAGUCGUCGCCAAGGACUCCGCCGUCAACUCGAUUUGCUACGGCGCCGUGCUCAUGAUUCCCGGCUUGCUAAGGUUCGAGGAUGGCAUCGAGGUUGGUGAGGAAAUUGUCAUCAUGACCACAAAGGGAGAAGCCGUUGCCCUUGCCGUUGCGGAGAUGAAUACGGCUGUCAUGGCAACAUGCGAUCACGGAAGGAUCGCUCGCAUCAAGCGCGUCGUCAUGGAAAGGGAUACGUACCCCAGGAAAUGGGGGCUGGGCCCUAUGGCAUCGAAAAAGAAGGGCCUUGUUCAACAAGGAAAGCUGGACAAGCACGGCCGCCCGAACGAAAGCACACCAAAGGAAUGGGGUCAGAUGCAACCGGACUUAAGUGUGGCCGCAGCUGUGGCUGCUGUCACAUCCCCUGUGAAGGCCGAUGCACCAAGUAAUGAUGCUAUGGAAGUCUCCACACCCAAGACGGACGCUGGGGAAGCGACUCCGGGUGAUAAGGUCGAGAACGCGACCACACCGGACACGUCCGAAAAGAAGAGAAAGAAGGACAAGUCGGAUAAGAAGAAGAAGAAGAAGAAAAAGGAAAAGGAUGGUAGCGAGUCGGAGAAGAAAAAGAAGAAGAAGAAGCGAAAGGAAAAGGCAGCGGAGGAUUCAGAUUAGGACCACGCUUUUCGCGCCCUGCGCAGGGACACUAUUGGGUGAGGAUUCCACAGCAAUAGGGAAGCGCUAUUAGUCCUUGAGCUGUAUGCCGCCAGACUAAUUUUUCUUCCCUGUAGUUGGGGGGCCAGCAAAUAUAUUGUAAAGUGUUUUCUCUUAUUCGCGGAACGGCGAGACGCUCGUGACGAAGGUUAACGAGUGUGCGCAAACUGCAUUUCAGCCCGUGAGUGGGAAGGAGGCUUCACUGGA